AUGAGAAUAAUCAUCGUCGCCGCUCUCAUCGCUGUGGCUUUUGCCCAUCCAACUAAGCGUCAAGCUCAAAAUUCCUACGGAGAUGAGGCUGCUCCAGCUCCAGCUGCGGCUGCUCCAGAACAAUCUUUUGCUGCUGAGCCAGCUCAACCAGCUGAGACCGCCCCAGAACCAGUUGCCCAAGAAGAGGCCGCCCCAGAAGCUGCUUCCCAAGAUGCCGGAUACAGAUCCAAGAGACAAGCCCAGAACUCUUACGGAGAUGAGGCCGCUGCUGCCCCAGCUCCAGCUGCCGAACAACCAGCUGCUGAGCAACCUGUAGAGCAAGCCCCAGAACCAGUUGCCCAAGAAGAGGCUGCUCCAGAAGCCGCUUCCCAAGAUGCUGGAUACAGAGUCAGACGUGAUGCUCAGAACUCAUACGGAGACGAGGCUGCCGCUGCUCCAGCUCCAGCCGCCGAACAGCCAGCUGCUGAAGAGCCAGCUCCAGUUGAGCAAGCCGCCGAGCCAGUUGCCCAAGAAGAGGCCGCCCCAGAAGCCGCUUCCCAAGAUGCUGGAUACAGAGUUAGACGUGAAGCUCAAAACUCUUAUGGAGAUGAAGCCGCCGCUGCCCCAGCUCCAGCCGCCGAAGAGCCAGCUGCUGCCGCUCCAGAACAACCAGUAGAGCAAGCCGCCGAGCCAGUUGCCCAAGAAGAAGCCGCUCCAGAGGCCGCAUCCCAAGAUGCCGGAUACAGAUCCAAGAGACAAGCCCAGAACUCUUACGGAGAUGAGGCCGCUGCUGCCCCAGCCCCUGCUGCCGAACAACCAGCCGCCGAGGAGCCAGCUCCAGUCGAGCAAGCUGCCGAGCCAGUUGCCCAAGAGGAGGCUGCCCCAGAAGCUGCUUCCCAAGAUGCUGGAUACAGAGUCAGACGUGAUGCUCAAAACUCAUACGGAGAUGAAGCCGCUGCUGCCCCAGCUCCAGCCGCUGAAGAGCCAGCACAAGAGCAACCAGCAGAGCAAGCCCCAGAGCCAGUUGCCCAAGAGGAGGCUGCCCCAGAAGCCGCUUCUCAAGAUGCUGGAUACAGAGCUUAA